AGCAGAGAAAAAGCAAGAAAGAAAAGAAAAACAAAAAAGAAAGGAAGAAAGAAAAAGGCAAAGCAAUAAAGAAAGACAGGAAAGAGAGAAAAAACAAAGGUUCUCAAAACCUCCAUGAUUCAAAUUCUCUCAAGGAAUAGGAGUUGAGAGGGUGUCUUCUCUUCCUUCUACUUAAACCAAAGUAGGAAGAUCACUCAGAGUUUCUACAAAGACUUGUUUGAGAGCUUCAAGUGAAAAGAGGAAAAAAGGGAAAGAGAAAGCGAAAGAGAAGGUGAAACGAAAAAAAGGACGAAAAGUGAAGGUUUUAAGUGAUCACUAGCAUCAUUAAUUCAUCAUCAAAGUUUUUGGUGAAGUAAGGCAAUGAACCGAGGAGUCUUGCAGAGCUCACCAGUGCAGCAGAUGAUGGCCGGAAACCCUAGCUGGUGGAGCAUCAACAGCCUGCGCCCAUCAACUCAUCAACAAGCAACUUCUCCUUUCUUGCCUCCUCUUCCUCCUCCUCCUGCUGCUUUCUUCCCUCAAUUCACACCCACCACCUCUUCUUCUUCCUCCUCUUCUUCACUUCCUAUUCCUUCUUGGCAUGAUAACCAGGAGCUUCCUGAGUCAUGGAGUCAACUGCUCUUGGGUGGAUUGGUGGGAGAAGAAGAAAAGGGUGAUAUAGGCCAGUUUCAAGUACCCAAGAAGUUGGAGAAUUGGGAGGAGCAAGCAUUACAUCAAGCGUCAAAUGCUAAUUCUGUUGUGGAUGUGAAACAAGAAAACUCUGCAAGCAGCUAUGUGUAUGGACAUGCAAAUGAAGAUUUUCAUCAGGCAAAUAAACCAGCUUGGUCUCAUCAGAUAAUGGCAGCUGCUUCAUCCCCCAGGUCCUGUGUAACAAGUUUCAGCAGUAACAUGUUGGAUUUUUCAGGCAACAAAACUGAUGGAAGGCAGCCACCGCCAGAUCGGUCUUCUGAGUGUAACAGCACUGCAACUGGUGGGGCAUUGAAGAAAGCUAGGGUUCAACCCUCUGCAACCCAAUCUACCUUCAAGGUGAGGAAGGAAAAAUUAGGAGACAGAAUUACAGCACUUCACCAGCUUGUUUCUCCAUUUGGGAAGACUGACACGGCCUCUGUCUUGUUAGAGGCUAUUGGGUACAUCAGAUUCCUUCAGAGUCAAAUUGAGGCUCUCAGCUUGCCGUACUUGGGCAGUGGAUCAGGAAACAUGAGGAAGCAACAGUUUGCACAAGGGGAGAGGAAUUGUAUAUUUCCUGAAGACCCCGGUCAGCUUUUGAACGAUAACUGCAUGAAGAGGAAAGAUAGUCCUGAUCAGCAGGAUUCUCAUGAAGAACCAAAGAAGGACCUGAAGAGUAGAGGGCUGUGCUUGGUUCCUGUGUCAUGCACACUUCAAGUUGGGAGUGACAAUGGAGCCGAUUACUGGGCUCCUGCCCUCGGCGGCGGCUUCAGAUAGAAUGGUUAAUUAGAACUGCCGGAAAGGCUAGCACACUUGAAAAAAAAUGGAUUAAGAUCGAGACCAGAGCUUCAUGAAAACGAUAUAACAUCAUGAGCAGUCACUCUGCUAAAAGGUUACAAGGCUGAUUGCUCAUGAUGCUAUACAAUUAUUCCUUCUUUGGACUAUUUGUAGAUGAUGUGUGCUCAGCCCUAGCUUGCCGGGUGAUUUGGAGAACUGCCCCUUUCUCUAAUUUACUACUAAGAUUUAAGCAUUUUUAUUUUUCUUUCUUUAAUUAAUUUAUUAGACGUUGCUGCUACAAUAUUUGCUUAAUUUCAUGUAUAUCCAGUAUUAUGUGUGAAUUAAUCAUUUUAAUGCUGCAUUGACUGAAAUUAAUGAGCAGCAUUCUUGAAUCAUCCAA